AUGCCUGGCUCGGCGGCGGGAGUGACGGCGCCGAGUCCCGUCCUGAAAGGUGACGAAGCAUAUGGCCCCCGACUGCUCCUGGAACCUCCAAGCAUGGUGCGCUUUUCGAGCGACGCUGGCACUGUCCUGCAGUGCACGGCCGAUGGUCGGCCCACGCCCACCAUCUCGUGGGAAAUGGCCGACGGCAGCCCAGCGCAUGCGGUUCCGGGCAUUCGGGAGUUCCGCUCGGACGGAUCGCUGGUUCUGCGACCGUUCGGAAGUUCGCAGUUCCUCGCCGAAGUGCACUCGGCUACCUACCGCUGCUUGGCUUCCAACAACCAAGGGCGCGUCAAAGGCCGCUUGGUACACGUCCGUGGCGUGGCACCGGAGAACCUCGUAGUCUCUGUACCGGAUGUCUACGCCAUUCGAGGAAAUGCAGCCGUUCUACGUUGCCACUUGCCGACUUCGGUGAGAGAUUACGUCACAGUGACAUCGUGGAUCCGCAGUGAUGGUCUCGCAGUGGCAAACACGGCCCCCAUCGGGCAACGGAGUUCGGAAAGCAAAUAUGUGAUGCUACCAACGGGUGAGCUGAUCAUCCGCGAGGUGUCAGCCUCUGAAGCAUUCCACAGCUACCGUUGCCAGGUGCAUGACGCUCUCACUGGUCAGAGCCACCUAAGCAGCACUGCCGGAAAAGUGAUCGUCACAGAGCCUCUGGGCAAGCUUGCACCCCGUAUGAUGGAGUCCCGUAGGGCGACGCAAGCGCAACAGGGCAAGCAAGCGGUUCUGCCCUGCGUUGCCCAGGGUCAUCCGUCCCCUCGGUACUCUUGGUUUCGCCUCCCGAGCGACUAUAAGGGUACGGUAGCCCAGAGUCACGACAGCGAGAUCCAGAUGCCCGUGAAGCCCUCCGAGAAGGUGUCCCUGUUGUCGGGGGGUGCCGUGCUGAUGAUUUACGCAGCUGUACCAGAAGACGAAGGAAGAUACCUCUGCUUUGCCAACAACUCGGCCGGACAAGAUAAAGCCUACACGGACCUCUUCGUGACAGCCCCUCUGUCGGCAACCAUCGAUCCUCCUGUUCAGCUAGUGGACGCGGGCAGGAGCGCCAACUUGAGCUGCAGGGUGGCUGGGCGUCCAGUAGAGGAAGUUUUGUGGAUGCACAAUGGCGUGCCUCUCUUUGCUUCUUCCUCGCCAUCCGGCAGCACUGGAACCGGAAGUGGCAAGAUUACUUCCGUUUCUGGAUCUGCAAAUGUGGCCCUGCUGUCGCGUGACGUGCUGCGUGUCGCACCAGUGGAGCGCAGGGACAGCGGAAUGUACCAGUGCCUCGUCUACAACAGGCAAGACUCAGCGCAGGGAACAGCUCAAAUCCUCGUUACAGAGGAUGCUCCAGUACUAGAACACGCGUUUCCCGAGAUCCAGGUUGCUCCUGGUAGCAGUGCGUCCCUCAAGUGCUCCGCGUCGGGGAAUCCCCUGCCCCAGGUGACGUGGACACUCGAUGGAGAGGUGGUUCCGGAGCAUUAUCAUGUCCGAAUUGGAGACUACGUCAGCAGUGAACGCCUCGUUCACAGUUACGUGAACUUGACCAGCGUGCGCGUGGAGGACGGUGGCCUCUACUCGUGCGUAGCGCGCAACAGCGCCGGCCAGGCAUCGCACUCAGCGCGUCUCGUCGUACCGGGAAAGCCCGUGGCACGGAGGCCGACGGCGAACGUCACGGCGCUGGCAGGCCGCACAGUUCGCCUGUACUGCCCCGUGGCAGGGUACCCCAUCCACAGCAUCGCUUGGCAGAAAGACGGCCGCUGGCUUCCGCAGAAUCAUCGGCAACGCAGCUUUCCCAACGGCACCCUGGUGGUGACGCAAGUGCAGCGUAGCCAGGACACAGGCUGGUACGAAUGCACGGCUCGCGACGCGCAAGGGAACACCGCACGAGGACAGCUGGCCGUGCGUGUCAUGACGCCGCCUGUGGUGAGCCCGUUCAAUUUUCCGGACGACCUGACUGAAGGCAAGCGAGCGGGUGCAGCCUGCAUUGUGUCCGAUGGGGACCCGCCCAUCUCCAUCGGAUGGCUCAAGGACGGACGGCCCCUGGACGAGAAGGCGUUGGGCGCCACCGCAUCACGAACGAACGAUUACACGUCCUUCUUGUCAAUCAUCGCGGUUCGCCAGGAGCUCCAUCGGGGCCUGUACACCUGCGUCGCUUCCAAUCCGGCAGCUUCGGCCAACUACACGGCACCUAUGUUGGUUCGCGUUGGCCCGCGGUGGCAGCACGAACCUGAAGACAAAGCCGCCAUACUGGGUCAGCCUCUAAUGUUUCACUGUCAAGCGCAUGGAUUCCCGAUCCCAGUUAUCCGAUGGAAGAAAGAACGCUUUUGUGUGUGUGUGUUCUUGGCUCCAGUGUCCGAUGACGGCAGCCGCCAGUUCGCAACCAUCACCAGCAGUUCCCGCUCCCGUGUGCUGGAGAAUGGCUCGCUCGUCAUCAACGAAGUUGAGCGCUCGGACGCCGGGCGCUACCUGUGUCAGAUUCAGAAUGGUGUCGGAUCUGGCAUCUCAACCGUAGUCAAGCUUGACGUGCACGAGGCAGCCCACUUCGAGAGGCGUUUCCGUGCCGUGACGGCACGGCGUGGAGAUCCGGUAAGCCUGGCGUGCAAGGCUCAGGGCGAGUCGCCAAUUAAGCUUACCUGGACACGAGACGGCCACCACUUCAAUCCGACGCAGGAGUCAAGAUAUCUGGUCCAAGAAAACUCGGGCGACGGGUGGUCGGAAUCUGUGCUGCGCCUCACCAACUCGGACCGACGGGACUCGGCUGCCCUCACCUGUCACGCUGAGAACGCUUACGGUGGCGACGACACUGUCUUCCAGCUCAUUGUUCAGGAGCCACCGGGGAAGCCUCAGGGUUUGGAGACAAUUCAGACGACGAGCCGCACCGUGACGCUUGCCUGGUUGGCACCCUUCUCUGGAAAUAGCCCGGUGGUGAAGUACCUGCUCGAGCACAAGUCUUCAACCGGUUCUUGGGAGUACGACACGCAGCUGUCACCUGAGGACACCAGCAAGCUCUCGUACCUGGUGACUGGUUUGCGGCCAGCAACCAAGUACGAGUUCAGGAUCCGCGCUGGAAACGCGCUCGGACUAAGUGACCACAGCGACCCCCUGGUGGUCACCACUGACCAAGAAGCUCCAAGCGGUACCCCUCAGGAGAUCCAAGUGACGCCGACUGGUUCUCGUAGUCUACACGUCACGUGGAAGGAACCACCGGAGGAGGAAACGAAUGGUCCCGUGCAAGGUUACUACGUGGGCUAUCGCGUUCGUGGCAGCGGCCUACCGUAUUCGUACAAGACUCUGCAAAGCGCUGCUCCAUCGUCGCCUGCCCAGCCGCAGCACCAAGAAUGCCACCUGCGUGAAUUACGGCCCCGGACCCGAUACGGCAUCGUCGUACAGGCCUUCAACGCCAAAGGUGCCGGACCGGCAUCGGAAGAGGUGGCCGCGCAGACGCUGGACUUUGAUCGCCCCGCUUCUCCUCGGCUAAAGCUGGUGUCGUCGACUUCGUCCUCCAUAAACCUCAGCUGGGAUGUGACUGACGACCAGCCCGUCGACGGCUACCUCCUUUUCAACAAAGCCGAACCGGGCCCAGAACGACGAUCUCCCGCUACUGAGACAGCGCCGUCUUCAGACUGGUCCUCCGUGCAGACAGACGCCGAGCGGUCGACGCACGCAUUUCGUGGUUUGGGCUGCGGCCGAAGUUACGCGUUCUACGUGGUGGCCUUCAAUGGCGCCGGCCGAGGAGCCCGAAGCAACGUCGUCUUGGCCAAGACGGAUGGGUCAGUUCCCGUGGCGCCGGACAUGCGGGAGUUCGUUGCCGCCAACGUGACGUGGGCGACCCUUCGGCUGGGCACGUGGAGAAGCGGAGGCUGUCCCAUCUCGUCCUUCACCGUUCUCUACAAGCGGCAGUCGUCAUCUGACUGGACACCGGCGGCAACGAGGCAUGUUUCCGAGCUUGGGUUGCCGCACCACCCCCACGUGACUAUUGACGAUCUGGCGCCGGCAACUUGGUACCAGUUGCUCGUCACAGCGCACAGUGAAGCUGGCUCCACGGAGGCCGAAUAUGUCUUCGCCACGCUCACUUUAGCGGGAGGCACCGUUCCCCCACCACACUGGAUACAAGUGAUCGAAUCUCAGCGACGCAGAAUCCACGUUAUCGUGCCUGUCGUAUGUUUCCUGGUCGUUACGCUUCUCGUCGCCGUGGUCGUAGGUUGCACCGUCUCAAGAAGGAGGCUUGCAGCGCUUCACCGGCGCCGUCUGCUAUGGCGGCCAGAAGAAGCUGAUGGCGCUCCCCGGACGACUACGAAGUGUAUUGACACCGUGCCCAUGACGGUGUGGAAAAAGGCAGGACUCGAACAGCCAAAGUCGGGACCUCGCACAGAGAAGCUCUACUGGCCGUCACCACUGCGUUCCCGAGCCAUGUCACGCGACGUCGAAGCAGAUGGCGAUGGUGCGCGCUGCAAGGCGUGGGCACGCAGUCUGGCCACCAUCCACGAAGACUACAAAGUGGAAGCGGAAGCGAGCGGCGGGAAGAAGGCGGAGCACACGUACGCCGUGCCUUUCGCGCCAAGCAACACAGUGCAAAAGCUAGAAGAGCGGGAUGACCUCCUCGCCUCUGCUGAAAGGCUGGCGAGCUGCAUGUCGCCGAGACAAGAUUUAUCGCAUGCCACAGCCAGCCUUGAAGCACGGAGGGAGACUGCCGAAACGGACAGCAGAUAGCCCUGCAUCACCGGUCACUGUGUGAGUGAGCUGCCAGCCUCUUCUGUGGAAUGAAUGGAACGAACAUUUUUUUUUCAACCACACAACGUCGACAUUUGCGACAGUUACCAAGACGGAGUGCCUUAGAGAAUCGCCACGGACAGAAGACGAACAGAAAAACGAGUGUGCUGUGGUGGAAAGCAGUGUCGCUGCGGUUUGGAUGCUGAACUACUCACCGAAUACUUUUUAAGAAGUUGAAGCCCCGAACAGCUACUUUGCAAAGAAAUUUGACAUUGACCUCAACGUCAAACUUCAAGUGCAUUCAAGGCGACAAUGAUGUGAGAGACGCUGACAAAUAGUUCGACGUGUUCACGGGAGGCUUGCAUGCCAUAAUUUAUCAUUGCUUUACCAGUUGUCUCCAUUGAAGUGAAAAUCAGGACAAUUCUUAAACCUACAAUGGUGGCAGCUACUCUUUUUCGUUUAGGGAUACCUAUUAUCCAAAGCCAUCUACGCCUACGUAACCUGCCUCAGACAAUGUUGUUUUACCCCUCCAUGCGUCCCUCAAGACUUUCAAGGUGUACCAAGAGAAACAGUCACUUGUAGCUAUGAUUAGAGAAUAUGCCGACUAGUGCCUUGGGACGAGAUGGUCUUCGACAACAUGCACUUCACGUAAAACAAAAAAAAAAUAUUUUGUUUUUCUGGAAGAAUGGAUCUGCACUUCCUCCGAUAGACAAAGUGAUGCCUCCACCGAAACAAUAGGGUCGGCAAACAGCGUACACUGCAACGUGUUCCUACAGAACGACUUCCGGCAUGGCUUGAAGACGGCAGCAACCGUUGUAUCCCCACGAUCACGUGCAUCUCGCUGGACUUGAAACAGUGACUUGUCUUUUGUAUGCGCAAGUUACGCGUCGCCGUAGUCUAGAAUAAACAUUCGGGCCAAUAGAAAACCUAUUUCAUUGCCAAUAGAAAACGUAUAUUCACGGUCCUGUGCGCUUCACAAAGCAUCCACUGUAUCGCAACAGUGGUAGAGCGCUUUCAUCGACUUUUCAAUAUGCAGAAGAUGAAAGUAAAUAUGCCGAAUUCGUCAUGAUUACAGUGAUAAACUCUCGAGCGGAAAGAAACAUAUAGCACGUUGCACAGGGCUAAUUCGGGCUGAAAAACAACGGCUGUCUUGUUUUUCCAUAAGCAUUUGUUCGCUCAGUUUCUGGACAUAUAACCUUCAAAAGCGAAGCCGCUGAGCGGAAGGGGCGAUGCAACAUUAAAUCUAUAGAAUACUCAUCCCCUAAUUCAAUAUUUCUUUGCUAGUUGGAACCACAUGAUUUCAGCCGACAGUUAAGCGAGGAAAAAAAAUAAAACCACAGCGUCAGUCAGCUGCUUUACUUUAAUUAAAAUGUAGAAAUAUUAAUUGAAAGGAACAUGAAAGUGGACGAAAAGACAAUACUCCGUAUUAAGCGUGCGGCCCUCCAACACGUAGCUACCGCGGUGGUCGUCCUCUCGUCAGCUUUCUUUGGUAAUUUGUACAGUGUACUACAUCUAGCCCUAGAAGUGUCAGCCACUACUACUGGCGGCCAUGGCGGUGAAUGAGGAACAUUUUUUGAACUGCAGGCGGUCGUGAUCUACCGCCGUGGCAGUGAGUGGCGUUGGUUAACGCUCAGAAAUUACGAAGCUGACAGUAGAACCGAACGCCGCGGUAGCUCAAUCAUAGACUACAUCACACACGAAAAGCAGAAAAUGAUAGUCCAGUUCCCACAACAUGCCGGUUGUUUUUUUCGUCAUAUUUGAUUUGCCUUUUCCCUACUAAGGCAAAAUUUCACUGAAAAAAGAAAUCAGAUUCUGCCUACGCUUUUUUUUUCUUGCUUCAUUGUCUCUUGGUAUUAAGCGGUCGUAAAAAAGAAAAUAUCGACCCAUCAAGUCCCAUUGAUCUACAAGUUCAAUUUUUAAUUUUUGAGUUGCUUGUACGAAGAUAGAUGUCUCCUCAAUAUCGUUUUCUUUGUUUCUCUCGGCUCCUAAAUACAAUGUAUACUUAAACAAAUGCGGAACCUGUAAACCAAGUGCUAACAUACAAAAGCGCAGUAGAUAUCAACAGUGUAACUGCUUAGUGAAAAAGUGAGGAAAGUGAGCAGAAGUCUUCGGCAAACUGUAGUAUUUUUUACUGUGAUAUAUGUAAACCUUAAUAGCCGAAAUAAUUUCACCAAUUUUUGCUUGGCAGCGAACAGUUACGCUGACGCCUAGUCACUUUUAUGCGGUCGCAAUGUCAGCCAUUUAGUAGAGUGAAUUUUAUGUAUCCUCCUGUUAAGAUCAUGGGCUUUCUCUCACGUUGCUUUUUGUGUGUUUAUUUUGAGCAGCAAAGAAAUUGACGAGGUAAAAAAAGGAAGCAGGCUGAAAAUUUUUAUUUUAGCUAAUUAACUGGUUUAACAUAGCAGAAUACUCCAGUUUGCAGAAGAGUUCUGCUGACAAAACACCAUUAGUCCCAUCUUCGUACCUAUUAUUCUGUUUUCCUAAUAGCUUGGCCCAAAUUAGCUGGGACACCCUGUAAGUAUAUGCUUGUGCUCGAGAAAAAUUCUGCUCUUUUCGAUGGCGAGUUACAAGGGAAUCAAUGUUGUGUACACAGAAUGGCGGCAAUUGCAAAUACUUGAUUCUGUUCCUUAAUCCCUAGGUGGAUUUGUACUUUUGGAAUUUUGCAUGUCCAAGACAACGUCAGAAAUUACGAUAGGGCUUGAGAUUGGAUUGUAAUUCAAAUAACAAACUUUAACCACGUUCACACUUUUGUUAUAUUUUAAGAAUGCCAUUGCAUUAGUCAUUUCAAAUAAAGUGUGGUAGACCUGAACAUGAUCACGAAUUUGAAGUAAUGAGAUUGACAAGUAUUUUAAGCUGGUUUUCUUCGCGCCAUUUGUCUCUCAAGGUAGGUAAAUAAAACCUAAGGGUGUGUAACUGGAACAAGUUACACUUCUUCGGAUAUACGAAUGUUAUGUGUUUUAUACAGUUAAUGUGUGCGUGUGUGUCUUGUUGUCUCAUGCUAGCGCAUCCAGAUAUGCGCUUGCUUAAAUAGUUGCCUAGGUUUAUCUGGAUGUCUGUGCCGAAGAAGGUCGGCAAGUUUUCCGAAAUGAAUGCGAAUUAUGUCACUCACGAAACCGUUCGAAACGACUCAAAGGGGUGCCGCGGGGCGGAUCAGUGGUCGUUCCUGCGGAAUUUGCUGACAAUAAAGAACAAUAA